AUGUCUCUUGAAAAUUUUACUCAACCCAUUCCAAUUCCAACUUCCUCUUAUGCCACCUUGGCAUCUGAAGAACAUUUCCCUGUUGUAUCCAGUGAGAAUUCGCAUUCAACACGAAGAGACAUUUCACCACCACAAACAGAAAUUAGUGUACAACAAACACCUCAUACUCGGUCACAUAUUUCUCAAGCGAUCACCGUAGCUUCGACUUCUACUUUAAGUGAAGAGAUUCCACAGCUUGAUCGUCGCAUUCCUCUCGACCAAAUACAAGAUAAAAGGUGUUGGAUUUGCUUUGGUGAAGAUAAUGAUAGUGAGGGAGCUUGGGUGCGGCCUUGCCGAUGCACCUUAAUUUGCCAUGAAGAAUGCUUAUUACAUUGGAUAGCAGAAUCACAACGUAGUACUCCUCUUAAGAGGGUUCGUUGCCCUCAGUGUAAGACAACGUAUCAUCUCUCUGAGUCAACAGCACCAAUUUUGUAUAUUCUUUCAUUUCUUGAUUCUAAAAUCCAGGCAUCAAUUCCGUAUAUUGGAAUAUUCGGUGCUUCAUUUUGUGUUGCGAUGGGGACUGUCGACUAUGGGGCAUUUGCUUUGUUAUCAAUGGUUGGUGUUGAAGAAGGAGAACGGCUUUUACAAGAACCUUGGAGUUGGCGGAUGUUUUUCAGUCUCCCACUUAUACCUAUUCUUCUCAUUUUCUCAAGAACACGAAUCGCAGAUCCACUAAUGCCAUUAGCCCCCCUUCUUUUUAUCAGGAGCGAUUCAUUAACCUUAACUAUGCCACCACAUCCAACUGUCACUCUAUCAAUAUUACCAUGGAUUAGAAUGAUGUAUAAUGGCUUAUAUACACGUCUCUUUGGUAGAAUUGAGGCUUCAUGGAGACGAGAAAUAGAACCAUAUGUUCCUGAAGAAGGAGAUGGAGCCAACGAUAGAGGCCAAGAUGUUUUUGAUAGGCUUGAACGUAGAAAUUUUGGUCGAACUAUAGUUGGAGCUUUAACCAUGCCUUUCAUUUCAGCAUUAUUUGGAAGUUUUCUUGGUAAGUCAUCUUUCAUCCGAUCAAAAAUACCAGAUCAUUUCCAUCGAUCAAUUUUAUGUGGAUGUUUAAUAGUUAUACUUAAGGACGCUGUGGAUCUCACUUUUAAAUAUCAGAAGGUGAAGCAACGACGUUCACGUCAAGUACAAAAUUACGAAGAGUUUGCCCAUGAAGAAAGAACGAGGAGAGGUCACAAUCAACGACGAAGAGCAUGA